AUGCCGAGAAAUCACAAGAAUCGCACCAUCCGCGUUGCAGCAGCCGACGAGGCGAGGGAUGAGACCCGACAAUCAGAACAAACCGUGGAUCAUGACUUUAACAACAAAUUGAACAUCAUCAAAGCAGAAAUUCAGACGGAAUUCAACAAACUUAAGGACCACAUGGCAGAGGAGAUCGCCAAAAUGACGGCCCAGCUGACUCAAGAGCUGGCACAGGCGCGAGAGGAGCUCACUCAAGCCCGCAGUGAGCUCGAGCACACCAAGAUACAGCUACACACCAUGACUAGAGCUCAAGAGACCCCAUCGGGUCGACCGACGUAUGCAGACAUCGCCCGACGGUCCCCUCUGGUCAGCAUUCCCACCCCGCCCAUCUCCACCAGUCGGCCGGCGACACCAGAACCGGCGUUCUGCACGGUGGACAUGUCAAGGGUUCCGGAGGAUCAUGCCAGUGAAGCUACACCAGUAGCGCUUCGAAAGCUCAUUGAGCAUGAGAUGCCAAAGAAAACGCCGGGUGCGAGAGUCCUUCGAGAUCAGGUGUACCCGAUCAAAGUCGACAAUGUCAACCGUACGGCUAUCCUCUACCGCGAGAGCAAGGUCCUCCCUGGGACUGCGGAAGUCCUGGGCCAGGAAAACGACGUGCAGAUUGCCAAGAUAGCUUGGCUGAGUCGAAAGGACACUGCAAAAGCGUAUGGAUCCAUGGUAGUGUAUCUCACGAAACUCGGCGACGCCAAGAGAGCUCCUCAAUGGAGGCUUCUUUUACGCCGGAGGAGAAUCAGGAUAUACGGGGACCUUCGAACGUCGGAUGCGGCCGGACCCGGUGUUACAACUACCAGCAGAUCGGCCACAAAGCGUUUCAGUGCAGAAACCGUCAAGUGUGCGCCAAGUGUGGCAAGGACGCUUAAUGUGAGAAAGCAAGGUGUGGUGCACGAAAGCUUGAUGAAUGACAAGGACAUUCAGAACGCAACAGUCUUGGCCAUCCAGGAGCCUCAAGCGCGCAGGAUUCAUGGCCGACUCUUGACAACUCCCAUAGGACAUCACAAGUGGAUCAAGAUGGUUCCCUCGACUUGGAGGGAAGGCAGAUGGGCGGUUCGAAGUAUGCUUUGGGUGAAUAAGGACGUGGAGGCGGAACAGGUACCGAUAGGGUCGCCGGACAUGACAGCAGCAAUCUUAAGGCUCCCCGGUCGGCAAGUCCUGGUAGUAUCGGUCUACGUACCAAAUCAGGACCCUCAAGCUCUACGGGAGACGUGCGACAAUUUACGCAAGACAAUCACGGAUGCAAGACGAGACGCGGGCACGACGGUAGACGUGGUAAUUGCUGGAGAUUUCAACCGGCACGACCAGCUGUGGGCAGGAGACGAUGUAUCUUUGGAAAUACAAGGAGAGGCAGAUCGUAUCAUCGACCUGAUGAACGAGUUCGCCCUUCGCAGUCUGCUCCGACGGGGCACAAAGACCUGGCAUGUCGGGGAUUACGACACGACCAUCGACCUGGUCCUGGCGUCUGCCGAGCUGGCGGAAACAACAGAAAUCAAGACCAAGAUUGCGAGGGCACUAGACGCCACCCCUUCGGGAGGCACUGUACAGCAGCAGACAGACCGACUAAUGUCGGCGGUCUUGGAGACGGUCCAAACCCUGACACCGAAAGCGAAACCAUCGCCAUACGCCAAGCGGUGGUGGACAACCGACCUUACACAACUGCGUCGCAUUUACACGUACUGGAGGAAUCGUGCUCGGCCCGAACGAAGAGCCGGACGACCCUUGGUGGACUUGGAGGAAAUGGCGAAAGCGGCUGCGAAACAGUACCACGACGCUAUCCGGCAACAGGAAAAAAAGCACUGGGACGACUUUCUUGAAGACAAUAGCAAUAUCUGGAAGGCUGCCAAAUACCUAAAGUCUAGCGACGACACGGCGUUCGGGAAGGUGCCACAGCUCGUCAGAGCAGACGGAACAACCACGGCCGACCACAGAGAACAGGAAGAAGAACUCCUGACCACCUUCUUUCCUCCCCUUCCAGAGAGGAUUGAAGAUGAAGGUGCUAGACCGCAGCGAGCUCCCGUAGCAAUGCCGCCGGUCACCAUGGAAGAGGUAGAGCGACAACUAUUCGCAACCAAAUCCUGGAAAGCACCUGGGGAGGACGGCUUACCGGCGAUAGUCUGGAAACAGACUUGGCCAGUGGUCAAGCACCGUGUUCUCGCACUAUUUCGAGCAUCUCUGGAGCACAGCACACUGCCCAGUCAAUGGCGACACGCCAAGAUCAUACCGCUCAAGAAGCCCGGCAAGGAUGACUACAGUGUUGCCAAAGCCUGGAGACCGAUCUCACUUUUAGCAACGCUCGGCAAGCUGCUGGAGUCAGACGUCGCCAAAAGGAUCUCACAUGCGGUUGAGACAUAUGGGCUCCUCCCGACCCAACCACUUCGGAGCGCGCAAGCAACGAUCGGCGGAGCAAGCCCUCAUACUCCUCCAGGAACAGAUUUACACCGCCUGGAGAGGUCAAAAGGUAGCAAGCCUGAUCAGCUUUGA